AUGUGCAUCCAAUACAUCUGUCGCGACUGUCGUCAUGCCUGCGUUGGCCCAGAUAGUAUCGAGCGCUGCCCCUCUUACUAUCUGAUAGCUGAAGAGGAUCGCGGGAAGCCCAUCUGCCCAGCGAACGAUUUCAAAUAUCUCACUCGCGCCGAAGGCAUUCACGAGAACAAUGCACCGUGCCCCGGCCCUACCCCAAAAUAUCACCAUCGACUCCAGAAUAGCCAGCCAAUCAGCCCUCACCAUCAAGCCAAGGUCACAGCCAAGAGCAAGCAUAAGAUGAAUGAUUACCACGAUCCAUCCAUCUACGUAAAACCAGGCCAACUUUGGCAUGAAGAAACCCUCUACAACGUACGCAAUGGGCCUUGCAUGGACACCGAAGCCGGCCUGGCGCUUAGACACGCCUGCGACACCUUACAAAACACGGAAGCGAACGGCGUGGCAGCGCGCUACGAUCGAGACCACAUACGGAGGCGAAGCCAGACACCUUUGCCCGAUUACGGCGGUGGCAGUAUCAGUGGCAGCAGUGUGGCCGGAAGCGGGUCAAUGGCACCUCCAGCUUACGUCCCAAAUCGGCAUGGGCCAGCGCACCAGAUUGGGAAUAUGGCAGGAUCGUCUAGAAGAGCCAAGGAGGAUCCAGUGGAGGUUCCUCGCAGCAUAGUGAAGAUGUUGGACGAUUCUAGACGAUCGGCUGAUGCGAGGCCGACGACUGAGCAGAUCGUUGCCGCGGAGAUGGUAGCAAGAUAUCAAAAUCCGUUGCCUGAUGGUUACACGUGGCCCGGUGAUGGAGAUAACGAAGAGAGGAAGCCGACGCGGACAUUGGGAUCACCUUUCCACCCGAUCAAUAAGAAGCCGAAGGGGCAUAGAGGUUCGGAAUGA